AUGACCGAAACAAGUCACCGACUGAAGGAGUCAACUGUCCAGACUGGGAAUGAGCGUGGCGUUAAGAUGACAGAGAGGCGUUGGCCAAAGACGUGGGCGAAAAGGAUACGGCAAGGUUUCAAGCAUCUCCCCCUUGCGGUCCUCAAAUUCCUCGUCAAUCUCGGAACUUUACCUUAUUAUCGCAUGUUCCAAUUCUAUACGUACCAACCUAUCAUCCUCAUUGCUGCUUACACCUCAUCACCUGGGAAAUUGCAUAAAGUACUCUAUCAUCUGGAUCGCUGGCGGACCCGCAAGCUCUCUGAAUUGCAGUUCAUCUCCAUUGGUAGUGCCAUUCUAGCUGCCGCCACCAUCGGCUCCUUCUCCUGGAGCGCUAUUGUCGACGCAUAUUGGCUAGCCUCCGCAUUUUGGUAUUCGAGUCUGAUCCUCUCAAUCCUGGGCAUAUUGCUUGCGGCGCAACAGGUUGCAGUGCUACAGCUUCUAGGGAAACCGCCAACACGAGUACAUGGGGGAUGUUCGGAGAAAGCGGGUGUGCGUCGCUUUCUGCCCCUGAUACUUACCGAGGUGCGACCGCGUGGGUCGCGCACAGACGCUGUAUGUGACAGCGAUUCGGUCGGAGAAUGGAGACCAAGAUGGAAAAUGGUCUUCAUAUGGCAGUGCCCAUCCAUGUUCUUGUCCUACUCCGUCUGCUUCUUCCUGGCUGGGUUGACGCUCUUUGUUUGUACGCCGCUUAUAAGGGGAGAUAAGUGGAACACAGCUUCUGAUAUCGCGGUGGUUUACUUGGCGACUGGAGCCUUCGCUGGUCCGAUUUUCGUGUUUGCGUCGUUUUGGAUUUAUCAUUAUGUGGAUCUCGACCACGAGUCUCGAGAUAUCCCCGAGACGGAGACUGACGCUGAGAUGCUGAGGGAAUAUGACCGUUUGCACUUCUGA